GAGUCUCCUGAUUGGACGAACAGUUCCAGCAUAACUAGCGAGUAGCCACUAACUCAAUCAGCCUAGUUCAUAAACUAGUCAUUCUUUUACCUUAAAUUAGCAGAUAUUCCGAAGUUCACGGACAUUUCGACAAACAUUUUCUGAGGUCCGGUUGAAUGGCUGAAGCCUCCAUUACAGACACAUCGAAACUGAAUCCGGAGUCUGCUGAGUUUGUACCACAAGCUAAACUCAUCCAACCACACUUUCGAAGAAAUUACAGACAACUGGACCCCAAUCGGCACCAUGCGAGGCCUCAAAAUCGAUUUAGACAGUCUAGUGGAAAUAAACAAGAUCAGGAUGAGUUUGAAACCCCUGAGAAUAACAUAUCACCCCCUUCUGAACAGGCCACAGGAGGAAGCACAAGGGGGGGUAGAGGCAAAGGAGUAAGACAGAGAGGUGGCCGAACUGAUGCUAGGCAUACUGACUAUCGUUCCCGGCGUGAAAGAUGGACAAAACCUGAAAGUGACAGCGACAGCUCACGAAUGAACCAUAGAGCUGCUGGUAGUGAGCAAGAACUCCACGAUAUCACUUUUAACCGGUCAACAGAUGAGGAGAGGCACGAUAGGCCACCUGUUGAAGCCAGCGUGAGAGGAUCUUACAGAGGGAACAGACAGAAGAAGACCUUUAAAGAUCGAGAUGACAGAUCUAUAAAGGAACUUCUGCCCAGGGAGGAGAAUCUAGACAGCCAGGUUGCUGGAAGAGACAGGAAGCAUGCUCUGGCCCGUGAACAUCCAGAACUGGAGCCUGACCAAAGAAACCAUAAGGGAUGGAGAGGUGGAGACAGACGAAUGCAGCCCAGUUCGUGGAGAAAGGGACCAGUCCCCAACCCUGGGAUUCAGGGUAACUGGAGAGAAAGAGAUCCUGUUCAGGUCAGAGAGAAGGAGUGGAAAGAUGCAGAAGUUGAGGGUGGAAAAGAGAAUGAAUCAAACAGGAAUAGGGCAGGUGCAAAAGAUAAACAAGCAUUACAGCAGAACCCAGGACAGAGAAGAGGUCCUGAGCGAAGAACGGGGCCUGUGAAACGCAUAGAGCUGCCCAAAAGCAAAGAAACACAGACAGGCUGUUUAAUUGAGCAGCUGACAGAGGAGAAGUAUGAGUGUAUGGUCUGUUGUGAAGUGAUUUGGGUCAUGGCCCCAGUUUGGAGCUGUCAGAGCUGUUUCCACGUCUUCCACCUGAACUGCAUCAAGAAAUGGGCUCGCUCGCCUGCGUCUCAAGCUGAUGAUGGCAGUGAAGGUUGGCGUUGCCCUGCUUGCCAGCAUGUGACACUGAAAGGCCCAAACGCAUAUAACUGCUUUUGUGGAAAGGUGACCAAUCCGGAGUUUCAUCGCACUGAGAUUCCUCACAGCUGUGGAGAUAUGUGUGGAAAGAAGAGGAGUGGAGCAGAAUGUAACCACCCCUGUAACAUCCUGUGUCACCCGGGCCCCUGCCCACAAUGUCCUGCUUUUGUCACCAAGUCCUGCAUCUGUGGUAGAAUGAGUAAGCAGGUGCGUUGCAGUCAGACAGGACCUCUGCUUUGUCAGCAAGUCUGUGGAGCUCUGCUAAACUGUUCAGAGCACUCCUGUGCCCAGGUGUGCCACUCAGGACCGUGCCAGCCAUGCCAACUACGUGUCCAGCAAGCAUGCUUCUGUGGUGUGGUGUUCAGGGAGGUGGCGUGUGGGACUGAUCGUGAGUGUUUUGAUGGAUCGGGAUAUUUCUCCUGUUGCAAACCAUGUGGAAAGAUGCUUGACUGCCAGUCCCAUCGCUGUCAGCAGACAUGCCACCCUGGGCGGUGCCAGCCAUGUCCACGUGACACCAAGCUGGUGCACAGUUGCUCAUGUGGACAGACUCGACUCUCUAAGCUUUUAGAGCUCGGCUACCCAGAGAGAAAGACCUGUACUGACCCCAUCCCCUCAUGUGGCAAGACCUGCAACAUGCCAAUGCCAUGUGGAGAUGGUGAUUCUAUUCAUUUGUGUGAAAAGCUGUGUCAUGAGGACAGCUGUGGACCAUGUUCUUUGACCUCCACGAUUAAAUGCAGAUGUGGCAGUAACAGCAAGGAAGUUCCAUGUGCAGUGAUUCAGACCGAAAGUGAUAUGGUGUUUACCUGUGAGAAACGCUGCAGCAAGAAGCGUUCCUGUGGCAGGCACAAGUGUGGAGAGUUGUGCUGUGUUGAUAAGGAGCAUAAAUGUUCAAUGAUUUGUGGCUACAAGCUCAACUGCGGUCUGCACCGGUGUCAGGAGCUUUGUCACCGUGGCAAUUGCCAGCCUUGUUGGCAGACCAGUUUUGACGAAUUGGCAUGCUACUGUGGGGAGACCGUGCUCUAUCCGCCCAUCCCCUGUGGAACUAAACCUCCUGAAUGUAAAAACGUGUGCACCCGCAAGCAUGAUUGUGAUCAUCCAGUUUUUCAUUCCUGCCACAGUGAGGACAGAUGUCCUCCUUGUACCUACCUCACCAAGAAGUGGUGCAUGGGUAAGCAUGAGCAAAGGAGUAAUAUCCCGUGCCACCUGCAGGACAUAUCGUGUGGUUUAGUGUGUGAUAAACUCUUGCCCUGUGACUCUCAUCGCUGUAAGAAGAUAUGUCAUCGUGGAGAAUGCCAGGCAGAGGGAGAAUGUAAACAACCAUGCAUUCAUGCCAGACCUGCAUGUGGACACCCCUGUGCUGUCCCCUGCCACCCAGGCACCCCCUGUCCACCCAGUACCUGCAGUGCUAAGGUGGCAGUGCAGUGUGAUUGUGGCCGUAAGAAGGAGACAGUUCCUUGUGAUGAGGCAGCCACGUCCUACCAAAGAUAUGCAGCUAUCGCAGUGGCCAGUAAGCUGUCUGAUAUGCAGCUGGGAGAGUCAGUUGAUAUUGGACAGCUCACAAAGAAGGAGCAGAAAAAAGCCAGAUUGGAGUGUGAUCAAGAGUGUGCUACACUUGAGAGAAACAGGCGACUAGCUGAAGCCCUGCAGAUUGACCAGUCGGUGGAUCCCUUUAAUAAGUCCACGUCUUCCAAAUACAGUGACUCUCUUAAAGAGGAUGCAAGGAAAGAUUUCAAGUUUGUCAGUGAAAUUGAGGAGGAGAUUAAGAAUUUGGUUGAACUGGCUAACAAGGGCAAACAGACAAAAAGGAGUCACUGUUUCCCACCUAUGAAACGUGAACACCGUAGAAUUAUCCACGAGUUAGCUGAAGCAUAUGGUGUGGAAAGUGUUAGCUAUGAUAGUGAACCCAAACGGAAUGUAGUGCUCACUGCCAUCAGGGGGAAAUCUGUGUGUCCUAACACUAGUCUGACGGCUUUGAUUGAAAGAGAAACUGUUACUCGAGCCCCUCCUCCCAUUGCCCACAUUAAACAACACAACAGCAAGGGCGAUAAUAAUAAUGCUUUGAUGAAACCAGCUAAAGAGGAACCCACCGUUGAUUAUUUUGAUGUGCAGGAUUGACGUGAUUAAGUUCCUGUAAUAUUCGCUCAAAAUAAAUCUGCACAUGUUUGCUUGGCA